GUGUGAGCCGCGAGCGCGCGCGCGCGCGCUAAAAAACAGUGUAAAUGGCGCUCUCAGCACAGAACCAGUCGACGUCCUACGUGAACUUGUACUACUCGAUCGUCCAGCGUGCGGCGACGCGAUACUUUAAGGAAUACUACAAUUCCGAUACUGGCGCGCCCUACGUAUUGUACAAGGACAACAUGGAGAGACCCCAAGGGCAAUGGGGCCCGGGGCCGGGAUCUCUCCAGGACGGGGGACUGUAUCCUCAACAACAACAACAACAGCAGCAGCAGCAGCAACAACAGCAGCAGCAGCAACAACAGCAACAGCAGCAGCAGCAGCAACAGCAGCAGCAGCAAGGUUCCUCCUCGUCCGGUAGUCCACAGCAGGCCUGUGGUCCUCCCGUCGAAGGAGAAAACGGUCCUCCGCCCUCGUUGGCCUCCCCCGUGCCCUCCCCUUAUCCCUCGGCACCUCCCGAGCCUCAAGCCUUAACCCCGGCCGAGGACGAUAUACAAUCUAAUCAAACCACCUCUCAGCAACAACAACAACAACAACAACAGCAGCAGCAGCAGCAGCAACAAACCCAACAACAACAACAACAGGUUCAACAACAGCAAGUCCAACAGCAACAACAACAGCAACAACAACAACAGCAGCAGCAACAAUCGCAACAGGACCACUCGCCGCAGCAGCAAUUGACGCCACACGAGGUGGAUCGAAGCGAUUGCUUUCCAGGUGCCGGGGAACUCCAACAAUAUCCACAGCAUUAUUUCAAAGAGGCCAGGCCUCAUCCGUCACCGUCCGUACCGCCGCACAUGCUGACGCCAGGCGGUUUCUCGGCGUUACACUAUUUGAAGCAACCCGGGGUGAUGCUAACGUCCCUUGGUCAAGGAGACGGCGGACCCGGUGGCCUCGAGGCUCACCAGUACGCGAGCCCAGGUGCGCCAAACAUGGCGACCGGUCUACCCGAUAUCGUACAGCAAAGUGGGAAAACGUCGAAAGGCGCUAACAGCGACCUACGCCUCUUCAAAUGCCUCACCUGCGGCAAAGACUUUAAGCAAAAGUCGACUCUGCUACAGCACGAGCGGAUCCAUACGGAUAGUCGGCCGUACGGGUGUCCAGAAUGCGGGAAGCGGUUCAGGCAGCAAUCGCAUCUGACGCAGCACCUGCGCAUACACGCGAACGAGAAGCCCUAUGCUUGCGUAUACUGCGAGCGUACGUUCCGACAGCGUGCCAUCCUCAACCAGCAUCUGCGCAUCCACUCGGGUGAGAAGCCAUACCAAUGUCCGGAGUGCGGAAAACACUUCCGUCAGAAGGCGAUCCUGAAUCAGCACGUCCGCACACACCAAGACGUGAGCCCGCAUCUCAUCUUCAAGAACGGGAUGACGCCGACGCUUUGGCCGCAAGACGUACCGUUUCCACCGGAGGAAGGCAAGGAGGAGGUAGCCUCGACCUUCGGCGACACGGACACGCAGUCGGGUGCGUUUAGUCCCGCGCCAGACGCGAAUUCCAUCCAGUAUCCGGCAUACUUCAAAGACCCGAAAGGCGGUAAUCACGCGGUGUUCGGUGCCGGUGGUUCGAGCAGUUUCGGCGCGCUACAAUAUAUAAAACAGCAAGGGGGUAGCAAGAGCUGCCUACCGGACGUGAUACAGCACGGUCGUUCCGCGGGAAUGCCUCUUUACGUUCGUUGUCCGAUCUGUCAGAAGGAGUUUAAGCAAAAGUCGACUCUCCUACAGCACGGUUGCAUACACAUCGAGUCGAGACCUUAUCCCUGUCCGGAAUGUGGCAAGAGGUUCAGGCAACAGUCCCACCUCACUCAGCACUUGCGCAUUCACACGAACGAAAAGCCGUACGGUUGCGUUUACUGCGGCCGUAAUUUCCGACAGCGUACUAUCCUUAAUCAGCAUCUGCGCAUUCACACAGGCGAGAAACCGUACAAGUGUCAACAGUGCGGCAAGGACUUUCGUCAAAAGGCGAUAUUGGAUCAGCACACGCGUACACAUCAAGGCGACCGACCGUUUUGCUGUCCAAUGCCAAACUGUAGGCGACGAUUCGCGACCGAGCCGGAGGUUAAGAAGCAUAUCGACAACCAUAUGAAUCCGCACGCGGCCAAGGUGCGUAGGAACUCGAGCAGCGACGCGAAAGCACCCGGUACGCCUACCGGUUUAGGACCCGUGCCGGUACCGCGCGGCCUUACACCUACCGUUGUUAAGCCCGAGCUAUACUUUCCUCAGUGUUACGCGCCCGCGUUCAAUCAUCAGCCGCCGGUAUCGACUGCACAGUUCCCCGGUCAGACGAACGGGGUAUCCGUGGCUGGCGAGUUCAAACCACCUAGCGGACUGCCGCCCCAGUGACUAACCGUCCAUCCUGCCGCCUACUAGCAAGCAGGAAUACCGCUGACGUUUCAGCGAUCCUUUGCUCAUCGCUUCGAGGCCGGGCCAACCGCCGCCGUUGCCGCCGUCGCCGCCGUCGUCGCCACCGCCUCCACCACCAUUGCCACCACCUCAAACGUCACCACCUCCAACGACAGAUGCGGACAGCAGCAGCUGAUUCAGUAACGCAUUCUCUACGAUCUCUACGAUCUUUUACGAUCCUCUUCCUCGACUUGUUCGGCAAACCUACCUUACCCGCCUACCGACCUACCUACAAUACUUACUUACUUACUUACUACCUAUCUGUCACUUAUCGCCUUUCCUUUCGAAACCGACGACGCUCGGUCAAACGGAAGGAAGAUUAUCAGCGAUAACAUACUCUCGUCUCUUCCUCCGUACGUAUUUUUUAUAUCGUUCGAUCGACGGCUCUCGCCUUUCUUUCCUUCCUAUGGCGCUCAUACUGUCCGAUCGUUUUAAACUCGUGGGAUAAACGGCUCGAGUACAUGUUCGAUUAUCGAUUCCUCAACGUCGAUAUUUUACUUGUCUAUAUUUCAAGGAGAAAUAUAGAAAGAGAAACAGCCAGAGAGAGAAAGAACAAGAGAGAAAAAGAGAGAGAGAGAGAGAGGAACAGAAAUUGGCGGGCAUUUCUGCAAAAGCAAGAAAGGAUUACACGACCACGAGACUAGUACAUACCUACGUCUCUUGUACAUAUGUAUGUAAAAGCCGUUUUUCUUUAAAGGAAGAAAGGAGAGAGGAGGAGACAGAGAAAGGGAGAGAGAGAGAGAGAGAGAGAGAGAAAGAGAGCAAAAUCACGCAACCAGAAAAAAUAUGCGUAUUCGGUAACGCGAACUUAGCAUGAUUGCGAUACAGUGCAAAAAACGAGAAUUCAAGAGGAUCUGUUAGGAGAAAGAAAGAUAGAGAGAUAGAGAUAGAGCGAAAGAGAGAGAGAGAGAGAGAGAGAGAGAGAGAGAGAACAAAAAAAAUUACACAUAUAAAAAAAAAAGUGUAUAAGAGGACAAGGGGAUUGGAAGACGAGCGGAAGCGAAGGGAGUAAGAUUAGGUAGGAUUUAAGAGGACUACGUAUCCCCACCCCAUCCCUCGAUUCCAACCCAACCCAACCCAAGCCAACCCAACUCAACUCAACUCAACUCAACCCAAUCUACUCCGUUCCCCACUCCUCAAUACACACGAUUGUCCACAAUCAAGUACAUACAUACAUACAUGCAUGGAUAUACACGUACAUACACAGAUACACAUAUUGAAGCGUGCGGAGCCAUAGCUUUCUGUACGACCGAUUUAACGAUGACGAUUUUUUGUUUGUCUCGAGGGGAGGUACAACUCUUGUAUACUAUAGUAAUAUUUGAAUGUAUAUUUAUACGGCAGGUUAUUAUUCUAACUACUUAUAUAUAUAUAUAUAUAUAUACACACACAUAUAUAUAUAAAUAUAUAUAUGUGUAUAUAUAUAUCACAAUAUUUUGAAUCAGUUUUAAAAUCAGAUUGGUGCUGAUAAAUAGGUAAGCAAAACGAAAGAGGAGGGAACGUGGAAGAAGGCUGAGACAUCGUAGAAGUAGCGCAAAAUAGGGGAUAGUCGAUAGAAGUAGAUCGUCGAAAUAUAUAUAUAUAUAUAUAUAUAUGUAUGUAUGUAUGUAUGUAUGUAUGUAUGUAUGUAUGUAUAUAUGUAUGUAUAUAUAUUAUAAACACUUCUACAUAUUUACGUGCAUACUGUGCAUAUGCAAGUAUAUACACAACACACAACACACAUAGACAAACAGAUAACAGAUAACGCGUAAACAUGAAAAGACUAAAUAAAAAAAAAGGUGUCCCAUAAAAGUCCACACAUCAUCGGGGAUGUUUAGAAAAAAAAAAAAAAAAAUAUACGAUUCCACCACCACUUCUACCACCACCACCACCACUACCAUUACCACCACCAUCACCACCACCACCGGUAUAACAUUUCAUGGCAAUACUUAAAAUGAAAAUUUCAACGUACUAGAGAAUAGUCUUUUAAAUUUCUAAUUAAGACGUGUGAUCUCUCUAAUUAGUGUACUAUAUACAUAUAACAUAUACAUAUAUAUAUAUAUAAUAUCUAUAUAUAUAUAUAUAAUAAUAAUAAUAAUGAUAUAUCUAUAUCUAGAUAACUCGAGAUGCAUAAGUAUAAUUACGAUUACGUAUAUUAGGCGUUCGACAGUUAGUCUUUUAUCAUUUAGACACAGAGAUCUGAAGAUGAUAAUUGUGCGGCCAUAUUCUCUGUGGCCUGUUCGUAGUGCCUCGGAAUUGCUGCUCGCGGCAGUGAUUUGACCGUAUUUUAGGAUGGUGUAUUAUAAUUAUAUUAUGAACUAUAAUUAUAUCGAUACUCUCUGAUACAGUACUAAAAACAAACAAACAAACAAAUAAACAAACAAACAAACAAACAAAUAAACAAACAAGCAAGCAAGCAAAAGAAGCAAACAAACAAAAUUAAUAAGGAAAGAGAAGGAAAAAAAUAUCGUGAGACGUCACGUUAAUAAACGACUCAUUAAAUUAUUAGAAUCUACCUAUGUAUGAGUAUAUCGCGCGUAAAUGUGCAAGAGCACCGAAACCGCAAUACAUUAAAUGCACACAUAUACACUAAUACACACAUACAGAUACACGUCAGGUGUACACUUACACGUUAAAAGGGAGGUAUAGAGAGCAAGAGAGAGAGAAAGAGAGAGAGGGAGAGAGAAAGAGAGAGAGGUAGAGAUAGAGAUUGAGAUAGAGAUUGAAAUUGAGAGAGAGAAAGAGAGAGAGAGAGAGAGAUUAAGGAAGGGGGAAAAACGAUUUAAUCGUAAUAAUUAUUUAAUCAUUGUUCUUUAUCCCUGUGCUUUUCUUUCUCGCGUUUAACAUGAAAAUAUGUAUGUAUGUAUGUAUACGUAAAGAGGAAUAGAAGAAAAUAUUCGAAGGAUCCCAGUGCGCAUUUGAAUGCUGUUACGAGUAUUUGAAGAACGUUUGCUGUCAUCGUUGUUAUUACUUGCUUCUCGCUUUCUUCUUCUUCUCUUCUUCUAUUUUCUGAAAUUCUUCUCUGUUUUUUUUUCUUUCAUUAAUUUCUUCUUCAUUCACCCCCUCUUGCAAAAAUUAUCAUAUUCAUAAUGUGGUACAAGGUGGAUGUCCCCAUGUAAGGAUAAUUAUUUCGAUUGCUAUUCGAGAUAUUAUUCUCGAGAUAUAUCGAUUGCCAAUUUCCGUAUGUCCUUUUCGCAGGUCUUCGUAUAUAAUGUAAUAUGCUAACUAUAUGCGUGUGCAUAUAUAUAUAUAUAUAUAUAUAUAUAUAUAUAUAUAUAUAUAUAUAUAUACGUACAUACAUAGAUUCAUUCACUCGUUCAUUCAUUCAGUCGCAUUUAUACACACCUCGAAUCAUUCGGAACGUUUUCUCGUAAACUUUCGAUCAACUGUUGUGAAUUACAUUGUGAGACCAUGCCUUUAUUAUUUAUUAUUUUUUUUUAUUGUUAUUAUUAUUCUCAAUUUCUUACUUCCAUUUCUUUUUUCUUUUCUUCUCGUUUGUCACCGACAUUUCCUCGAUACAUCGUAAAACGAAUUCGAUCUUUUUUAUAUCGUCAGGAAAAAAAGCAACAUUUUUAUUUUUUAUCAUCAACGAAUUUCUUUUUACUUCUUUUUUUCUUUUCUUUUUUAUUUUAUUAUUAUUUUUCUAUCAACGUAUAUAUUAGCUUAUUUGUCCGAUCUUUUUGUCGUACGCGAAGACGAGAAAAAUUCGAUCGGAAUCCGUCUUUACGCAUAUUGCACAUUUUUUGUUUUGUUCUGUUUUAUUCUAUUUUUACUUUUAUCGAUCGUAUAUAUCUAUAUACAUUCCAAGAAUAUUUUAAACAUUUUUUAAUAUCCCUAAUCGGACGAGUAUUUUGACGAAUACAUCAUAUUACUAAGGACACUCAUAUAACUUUAUUAGAUAUUUCAAAUUUCAUUUCGAUUGAUCGAUACAUUUAUUCCAACACUUGCAUUUAUCACACAUAUAUUUAUACAUAUACGUAUACAUAUAUACAGUGAUGAAUCGUAUAAUUCCGACUACUCAAAUAUUGUGUUCGUCCUUGUAACUUUCUUGGACCAACUUCGGAAAUAUUUUUCUUAUCCUCAAUGAAUAUAUUCGAGUUCUUUUUUUAUUUUAUUUUAUUUUAUUUUUUUUUUUUUUUUUUUACGAAACAGAUUCUAAUAAUUUUUUCCGUAUUAUUAACCAUUGGGUAUACCAAAAAAAAAAAAGAAAUAAAAAAAAUGUAAAAGAAAUUCUAGAUAUAUUAAAUCAAAAAAACGUGAUCACUAUUACGAUUCAUCCUAACAUACAUAUAUAAAUAUAUACGUAUAUAUAUGUACGUAUAUAAGUGUGUAUGUAUGUACAUAUAUAUAUAUAUUGUAUUUGCAUUUAAAAAAAAAAAAAAAAGUAAAAAGGAAAAAAAAAGAUAAAAGUAGAAAUAUAAUCCAACAAUUUUCAAACGAAAACGACGUUAAGAUCGAGUUUUCUUAUACGUAACAUUUUCUGGAAGCUCGAUUUGAAAGUAUACGAUAUUAAUACUCGAAACGUAUUCUCGAUCGAACGUAUUCACAUCGUUCGACGUGAUUCGUAUCAUUCUCAGAUUUUGCAUAAUAGGCCCAUUUAUAAUUCCCAUUUUUUAAUGGCAAGGUGUAUUAUCAGAAGAAGGAAGAAAGAAGAAAAAAGAAAAGGAAAGGAAAGAAAAGGAAAAAGAAAACAACAAAAACAAUAACAUCUCCCUCGCUUGAAGAAUAUAAAGCAUUUUAUUUGAGAAUCACAAUCUUCAUAUUCUUUUUUCUUUUUCUUUUUUUUUUUUUUUUUAUUAUUUAAAUUCCGCAAGAGGAUCCGAGGCUUUUUUAACAUUCGUGAUUUCGAUCCCUUUCGACUCUCGAAUGGGAUGGGUUGAAGGAUUGAUAGAUAGAAAGGGAAAGAGAGAGGCAAAUAGAGAGAAAGAAAGAGAUAGAGAGAGAGAGAUAUAGAGAGAGAAAGAGAGAAGAGAGAGAGAGAGA